UAAAGCGCUGUCAGAAGAACUCCGGUUGCCGCGUCUUCCUUGCUGGAGAGGCGGGCGCGACAAGUGGUGCCGAAACCCAGGAACCGAAACAACUUUGAGGCACCAGCGGAGACGACCUCGAUAGAGGUGAGUUCCGAACUGACACGUGGGACGGAACCGAAUUCGGACCUUUGCUGACCAAGGUAGGCUGUUAUUGAGAGUCCAUGAGCUCCCUGCUUUCGUUUUGAAUAAGUGCAUUGUGCUCUUCGCUCCUGUAGAUAAAGGAGAAAUGGGGAGCUCCCAAAGCCGCCCCUUUGUACAAGCUUUGCAGGGUGUGCUGCAGGCGCGGGACCUGGCCCUAUCGGAGUGUCUGCUGUGGAAUUUUAUGAAGGAGGUGGACAGGGUCGCUCCAUGGUUUCUCCAUUCCGGGUCAUUGAAUGUCCCGUCUUGGGAUAAGUUGGAGAAAGAUCUGCUGCGGGGAGAGGAGCAAGGCACGUUACGGCAGGGCACGCUCCCUGUGUGGACUAUGAUCCGGUCGUGCCUGAAUGAUAAGAGUUGUGCAGCCCAGGUACAGGCAGGGCAAAAGGUGCUCUCUGACCAUCAAGACAGUACCUCGGAGUCAGACAAAGGGAGAAGGCCUGGAAAAAAGAAAAGGGAGAGAAAGAAACGUAAAGGGACCAAAAAUAAAAAUGAUAAAGGAAAGGACAGGACAGAAUACACAGAAGACAGAGGAGAUAGCCUUUUUCUGUCAGAAUUUAAGAAAUUAGAUAUUUCUGAGGAUGGUUCCACUUCUUCCUCUUCUCUUACUUCCUCAAGUUCAGGGGAGGAGGCGGGGGAGGAGCUAGAUUCAGAGGAGGAAGCUACCGCCCCUCCUCUGAGAGAGCAGGGAGGAGCCAGACCCAAACAAGUCAGCGGGAGCUCGUUUAUCAGGCCCCGCGAUAUGAGGAAAAUGUUUCUCUCAUUCCCUGUUUUCGAGAACAACAAUCAGCAACGGUAUCAUGAGCCUCUCCAGCACAAACAAUUGAAAGACCUUGCUGAGUCGGUGCGGUCCUGGGGGGUUACGGCGUCUUUCACCAUAGCCCAAGUGGAGAGGCUUGGUAACUUAGCUAUGACCCCUGAUGACUGGAGUAAUACAACAAGGGCCUGCUUGACUACUGGUCAGUAUCUAGACUGGAAAUCAAUUUUUCAGGAAGGUUGUAUGAACCAAGCCAGAGCAAACGCACAGCAGGGGCAGGCUGCCUGGAACUAUGACAUGCUCACAGGGCAGGGACAAUGGCUGCUUAAUCAGACCAACUUUCCCCCACAGGUGUACGCUCAGAUUAACAGCAUAGCAAUAAAGGCAUGGAAAAGUUUACCAAACAGGGGAGAGGUAAGAGGAAAUUUAACAAAGGUUAUACAAGGGCCUACUGAGCCCUUCUCAGAUUUUGUGGCAAGGUUAGUGGAGGCAGCAGGGAAGGUAUUUGGGGAUCUGGAGACGGCAAUGCCCCUGAUAGAGCAACUAGCAUUUGAGCAGUGCACUACGGAAUGCCGUAAUGCAAUUGCUCCCUGGAAGAACAAAGGCCUUAAUGCGUGGUUGAAGGCCUGCAGGGAGAUAGGAGGCCCCCUGACCAACAGUGGGUUAGCAGCUGCUGUGCUAGCCGCUCAAAAGGGCAAGGAUAUGACCUGCUACAAUUGUGGAAAACCCGGUCACCUUAAGAGGCAGUGCAGAUUGCCCAAGCAGGAGCGCCCUCAGCCUAAGGUGCCGGGGAUAUGCCCUACUUGUCAAAAAGGAAGACAUUGGGCCAGUGAGUGUAGAUCCACCAAGGAUAUUAAAGGAAGACCAAUCAACCGUUCGCCAAAAGAACAUGACCAACAAAAAAACGGGAACCGGGGCCCUCGACCUCAGGGCCCUCAAAUAUAUGGGGUCAUGCAGAGCACUCCGGUGCCGUCGCUGGCACCUCCGGGGAGCCGAGGAGAGCCACUAAAGGUUCCGCAGGACUGGACCUCUGUGCCACCACCACAACAGUAUUAACUCCUCUCAUGGGGUGCCAACCCGU